AUGUUGUGUGUAUCGACCAGUCAGCUGGGCCAAGUGGACGGUGCUGUCCACCACAGGGUCAGCUGGACCAGGUGGACGGUGCUGUCCACCACAGGGUCAGCUGGACCAGGUGGACGGUGCUCUCCACCACAGGGUCAGCUGGACCAGGUGGACGGUGCUGUCCACCACAAGGUUAAAGAUACGCCUGCGGCCCCUGUAGAGGAAACUCCCUUGGUGACAGAUCCACAGUCCCAGCUCCAGCCAUACGACCCACAGCCCUACCCCUACUACCCACAGCCAUACCCCUACGACCCACUCACAACACAGCUACUGCCCAACCUGCAAACACUCACACCUGGGGAACAGGCACAGUCGUCGUCUCUGAGUUCUGAAGAGGAAGCUUCACCUCCUGUGGUCUACACCAGGGUGAUGUUGCCUCCUGUGGUGCCCGCGUAUCAGAGCCAGGGGCUGAGUGUGGACCCUAACCCUGAACCUUCAGUCUUAACCCCUGACCCCUUACCUCUGACCCCUGACCCCGGCCACGCCCACCUGGGGAACCCCCCGACUGUAGCCCCGAUGGCCUCGGGGGGCCAGGGGACCCCCAAACCUGAGGUGGGGGGUGCGGUAGGGGUACAGAUGAAGAGUGCCGUGGAGAAGGGUACAGAGGGGGCUGUGGGGGUGAGAGAGGGGGGAGGGGUACAGAUGAAGAGUGGAGGUGCAGGUGACCCCUGUCCCUUGGAGAAGAGCCCCCCAGUAAGAGAGACCCAAACUUCUACCCAUUCUGAUCCUCGCCUCACACAUCGUCUCACCCCCAGGCAGCUCCCCAUCCGAGCUAGGAGCGAUGGGAGGAGAGCCUGAGGAGGAGGGGGUUUUCUUUCCCUCUCCUACCUCUCCUACGUCUCCUCCUCUCUCCCUCUCCCUCUCCUACCUCUCUCCCUCUCCUCCUCUCCUCCUCUCUC